GCAACACUUGUGCUCUUCGCAGUUGUUCAGCGGCGUUGGACGAAUACGGACGCGAGUGAAAGUGAAAUCGCGCGCUAGCGGCAUUUGCCCAAACCUCCAACAAACAAUUCCAACACUUUACCUUACCUUCUUACCAUUAUUUGUACCCCUUCGGAGUUUGAGUUGAGGAUUUUGUGUUUGUUUUCUUCCCUGCCUGCGCCUGUGAACUCCGCGUGUCGUCUGAAAGUGCUGCUGCAUUAUUCUGUUGGUGCAAUUAACAUCUUUGCGUUGAUAGAGCAAAGGCGAGAGAGAGAGGGGUUGGGGUUGAUAUUUCACUUUUUCGAAAGCCGGCAGCUUCUGCGAAAAAAACGAUUGUCGCAGAACCAACUCUCACCUUAACACAGAUUUGAUCAGAGCCAAUCGUACGUACGUGCAAUUUUUUUUGGGCUUUCCAUGCUUUGCAGAACUGGUUUUCUGAGACGCAGACGCUGACAGUGAUAUUGUUGGUUUCGAAGUGGCUGCGAAAUACCUGCGUGACCUUAAAACAAACAAAAAAUACAAACAAAGUGUGUAGCUCAGCCAAGUUUAUUUGUCAUUUCUCUUGCGCAGCUUUUGGCAACCAACCUGUUAGACGUGCUCACGGAUCACGACAAGUGUAUGCCGGUAAAGUAUCGCGGUUUCCCAGAGCCAAGUUUAUUUACCGACCGGGCCAAUCGAAGGACUUCCAAUGUUAUCCAAAGGGAUUCGGAACCAAUACUUUGCAACGAUCUGUGCAAAUCUCGCCACUCUCAUCUACGGGCUGUCGAUUGGAUGGCUGUCACCAAACCUCAAGUUGCUGCUGUCCGAUGAGACGCCCCUGCUCACCGGACGGAUCAACGCGUCAGAGGCCGGGUGGAUCGGAUCGAUCGGAACCAUCGGAUGCGUGCUGGCCGUGCUGAUCUGCGGCUGGGUGGCCGAAAUUGCCGGCCGAAAGGCAGCCCUCAUGCUCAUUGGCAUUGCUCAGCUGGCAAGUUGGGUCGUGGUCCUGUUCGCACAAGAUCUCACCAUGAUCUACACCUUCCGCAUUUUGGGAGGAUUUGCCGGUGGAGGUACCUUCUCUGUGAUACCUCUAUUCGUAUCAGAAAUCUCCGAGGAUAAAAUCCGUGGAACGCUUGGGGCCAUCCUGUCGAUAACCUGCAACAUGGGCAUUCUACUAGGUUUUUUACUGUGUUACUAUUUAGAUUAUUUUACCGUCGUCUACAUCGCGCUGGCAUGUUGCAUUUUCUACUCCGGCGGCUGCAUGUUCCUACCAGAAUCUCCCCAGUAUCUGUUCAAUAAGGAAAAAAAAGAAAGAGCGAUCGAGGCCUUGCGAUUCUAUCGGGGUGAGGCGGAAAACGAAUCGUCCAAGUUUAUUUCCGAGGUGGCCCGAUUCAAGGAAGCGAACGGAAAUGCCACACCCAAAGACUCCAAGCGGCGCGUGCAAUUACAUAUUAAGGAUCUGUUAAAUAAACCAACGCUGAAAGGCAUUUUAAUUUGUGUCAUAGUGAUGAUGAUCCAUCCGAUGUCCGGAUCGGUUCCUCUGAUCACCUAUACCGAGAGCAUUUUCCGGGAGUCCGGCUCGGAUCUUUCACCGUCAACCUGCUCAAUCAUCGUGGCCGCCAUCGGUCUGGUGGGUUCGUACGUGUCUUCAGUGACUGUGGACAAAGCCGGCCGGAAGGUGCUUCUCGUCAUUUCCUGUCUGGGCUGUGCAAUCUUUUCGGCCACCAUGGGAACGUACAAGUUCCUGUCCGUUCUCGGCGUCGAUCUGGAAUACUUCAAGUGGAUUCCGGUGACGACCCUGUCCGGAAUGGUGUUCAUCACUGCCAUCGGCAUCGGAAUCGUGCCAUUCAUCAUCAUGCCGGAGAUCCUGGAACCACGCGUUCGAGGCUUCGUCAUCAGCUGGUGCUUGUUGGAGUUCCACGCCGUCGCAUUCCUGGUCGUUAAAUACUUCCCGACGGUCGUGGAGCGGUUUGGUCUCUAUCCGAUCAUGUGGUUCUUCUCCUGCUGCUGCAUAGCGGCGGUACUUUUUGUGAUAUUCUACGUGCCAGAAACGAAGGGAAAAAGUUUCGAAGAAAUCACGGAAUCGCUCGAUUCUGAGAAGAAAACCGUACCAAAGCGAACCUCACUGGAUGUUUAAGACAACAACUGGAACAACAACAACAAGAAAUGUGCUAUACAAAUCGAGUCAAUACAACUUACAAAACACGAGUAACAUAGAACAACUUGUACAAUAAACAAAAAAAAACACAAAAAAUUUACCAGAAAUCAAACAAAAAACUACGCGCAUGACAAGUUCAAAUGUUAGGCAUAUAAGUCGUUUUUAUAAGCUUUAAUUUUUAUUGAUAAAAUUUAUUACGUUAAAUAAAUGUAGGCCAUUUUUAU